CGACUUGUCGUUGCGUCGGUUGAUAUUUGAUUGUUGUUAAAAACAAUUUUUUGGUUAGAUUUUGAUUUAGGAUGUUAAUAAAUUAAUUACAACUUCAAUUCUCUAAAUGGGGCUAACUAUAACUACAGAAAAUACAAACUGAUUAACCUCCAGUACUGUCAUCAAAUGCAUUUAUUGUAAUCCAGUAUAUUUUAAAAAAAAAAAUUGUUGACAUGGAAGAGGCUGCUCAUACUUCUGAGGAGAUUUUAGUGAUCCACGAAGAAACUAUUGAGGAUCCCGAGUCUAUCAUCAUAGCAGAUGAAGAUAGGGCUAAAUUAAAAACUGAAUUGCAUAUAAAGUGCCGAGGCUGUUUCAUACAGGAAGAUGAGAUGCAUUACUUGUUUUCUUCCAUUGAUGGAGAACUAAAUUUGGCUUAUGUUAUAACUAAGUGUACUGGAUAUUCUUGUGAGAAAGACGAUGGAUUUCCACCUUACCUUUGCUUAAGAUGUACAACCAUACUCGUAGACUUUUUCAAUUUCAAAGACCAGAUCCGAAAAACAACACGCCUUGUGGAAAAUUUACUAGGAAAAUCUCUUAAGCAACUGGAAACGGAUCCUCACCCUGAAAACGAUCCUCACCCUGACAACAGUAACACAGAUGAAGUAUUUAUUCCAGAUCUUGCAGAAAUAUCAGGAACAACUUUAGAAUGCAAAUUCUGCCCUUCAACAUUUGCCAUAGUGGAGGAGUGUGACACUCAUAUGGCCAAAGUACAUAAAAAAAAUCCUUUUUAUAAAUAUGCACUGUUCAAGCAACGUGUCGAACCUCAAUCUGUAACAAUUAAGCAGGAAUCUAUUGUAGAAGAAAGUUUGCGUAAUGUGCCAAAGAAAAUGUGUCGGAUUUGCCAAAAAAACAUACCCGAAGAUGAAUUUAAAAUGCAUUGGGAAAUUCAUAAGGUGAAUAUUUGCGAGCAAUGCGGGCACAGAUUUAUAAGAGUAUCAGACAUGAACCUCCACAAACAGUCUGUUCAUAAUGACGUUAGAAACUUUCCUUGUAAUAUAUGCGAGAAAGCGUUUAAAACUAAGCCUUUCCUCAAAAGACAUAUGAAUAUUCAUAUAAAUCCCCGUCGGUUCUGCUGUGACAAGUGUGGCGAAAGAUUCAAUGACAGCGGAACACUAAAGACACACAUCCGUUUAAAACAUGUUGGCACCAAAGACUUUAUUUGUCCAAUUUGCGGACUCGCAUUCAAUUUGAAACCGACACUGGACAAGCAUGUCAUAAGGCAUUCUGAAAAUAGAGUUCCUUCAUUUUUUUGUGAGAUUUGUAAAAGUCCUUUCCAAGAUAAAUCUUCAUUAAAACGUCAUCACACAGUAAAACAUACAAACGAUUUCAUCAGGCCUUCUUGUAAUAUUUGUGGGAAAAGUUAUAGUACGGGCACGAGGCUUCGAAAACAUAUCGAAAACAACCACGGCCUGAAUGAAGUUGUGAGGAAAAAAAGAGGUCGGAAAAAACUCGCUCUUUCUAAAAACUACCAUGUUAGUGAAAGCACCGACGAAUCUAGUGGAUCAUCGGAGGAUGAACAUGGAUCAGACUCAAAAUUAACAACCGUUUCUGACACUUCGGAAUAAAACUAGGAACCAGCAAGGAUGGAUAUGGAAUACAUAUAUCAACACAUGUUAUUUGAUGAAAUUGAACAUGUUAUACUAAAAUAAAGCUCCCUUUUUUAAAUUGCAUUUAAUCUAGAUUUUAUUUUUUUUUAAAUCAUGAUUUAAUUAGAUCAUCUCAACCCUGGACAAAAAUACUAAAUUUUCCAGUAAAUAGAAUUCAUAAAGUCUGUUUUUUAUUUAAAGAUAAUUCCCCAAGUCAAAAAUUUAGUAACUAUGUUGGCAACACAAGCCUUUUCUACAUAAAAAAUUUGAAAGCAUUACAAUUUUACAUUCUAUUGCCAACAUAAUGUCAUUUUGACUUUUAUCUUUAAAAAACAGGCUUUAUGUAUUAUCCGUUCACAAUCCGAUGUCCACAGGUAGGUACAGGUAAAAUCACCUUUCAAUGCUAUUUGAUAGGGAAAGGUGAUAAAUUUACCUGUACCUGUGGACAUAGGAUUGUGAACAGGAUAUAUUUAUUUUUUCUUUAUUUGUCCAUCAUAUUAAUUAGACUAUUUGUAAAAGCCACGAAGUGCCUUUUUAGUUGAGUCAGAUAAUAAUGAAUAAUUAUUACUUUGUGAAAUAAAUAAAAUACCUAAGGAUGAAAACAUGUUGAAGCAGCUCAACUCACCGCACCCCUUGAUGUUCACAUUGCCGCUCAUAAAACAAGUGUAUGCCUAUACAUAGUACAAAACAUAUUAAAGCUAUGCAAUUCGCCGCGCACCUGGCUUAAAGUUCGUCCUCUCAUUGGCCAUCUCAAGAUCAUUUGGUAAUACUUGUAAAUAUUACUGCGAGUAUUACUGGUAUUACUAGGUAUUACAAUUUAUUACCAUAACCAUUAUUAACAUGUAUUACUAGGAUAUUUUUUUCUAUUACUCAUUAUUACUUUUGUAUUACUUCAUUACCUCGAUGUUACCAUAUUUUUCUUAAGAAUUACCAGUACCUAAAAAUUUUAAACUUUGUAUGUAGUGGGUCCUUAAAAAAUAAACUUUUUUUUUUCAAUUUUACAUGUCUUCUUUUUUAGGCAAAAAAAAAUCAUCUAGAUUUUUUUAUAAAAUCUCGUAUUCAAACAAGGGUUUUUCUUCAGGUUCCUGAAUUGAUAUUAUUAUUCAUCAUAUAGACUAACUGUUAUCAAAAUAAGCUGAAUAAUAAAAUUCUUGUUUCUUCCCAGGUUUUUUUCUCUGAGAAUGAUUCUGUUAAUGUUUCACUUUCUAACGAAAUAUCUUCAUCUGCAUUUUCAUCUUUCAGAACAGGUUUCAGAAGCACUUAUCAAAGAGAUUUUUUUUUUCUUUUUUAUUAAUUUCAGUUUUUUCUCAGGCGAUCUUUUUUUUGUUUUUUUGUGUGUUUCUAUUUCACUCAGCUUUCUUGGUGUACUUUUUAUUUUUAAUUUAUUCCUUGUUUCUUUUUUGGAAUUCAUACCUUGAACUCUGUAAAAGUCCAUCAGUUGAUAAUAGCUCUGAUUAUUUUUUGAUCAUCACUCUGAUCAUCAGCUAUUUCUUCUUAUGUUGUUUCCAACUUUUGUAAAUUUAAUAAUCGAUGUAAAUCAUCAAAAUUUAUAUCCUCUCAUAGGAAAUCCUUAAUUUAUAUGCAAUGUAUUUCAGAAACUUUUUUUGAAUUUUUUCAAAUAAGUCUUAUCAUCUUGUAAUGAGGAAACCAUAAUAUACUGCACAAUAUACACACUUCUCAACGUAAACACAUUAAGUACCUAUUGAAAUCCUGUGUCCUGAAUAGAAAUCCCAUAUGUUUCAUGGCUCUAUCAAUGAGAUACUCAACAUGGUUCACAAAGCAAAGGUUGGCAAUAGAGAAGCUGUGGUCAUUACAAAAUUGGAGCAGGCGUUUGCCUCUUCCGUUUCUGGUACCGAACUUACCAAUAUGUGUCCUACUCCUAGGAUAUAGGCAUAUACAGGUCUGGCAAGCCAGCAUC